UUUUUAUGUUACGAUCACAUCAUCAGAAUAUGAUGAAAAACUUAGUGCCUCCCAAAGCUCUUGGAAAUUGCUAAUUAAUCUGACUUGUGUUCCAAGGCUUCUGUGGGCCUCAUCAGCUCUGGACAAUGCUGGCCUUAGCGUUGUGCAUUGCCUAAGCCCAGGUCUACUGUUACUUUUUUUAGUAUGGUAGUGAUAGAAAGUUCAUCAGAAGGUCUCUUGGAAAGGGAUUUCAGAUAUUAUCUCGGAUAUUCCCUAUGCAACUCGGGUUUGUAGUCGUGGUCCUUGGGUUUCUUAUCUGGUUCCUGGCAGUAGGCCUAGGUAUUCUCGGAAUUUCUGUCUUCUUUUGAUGAGUUCAACCUGCUUGUGUCCUAGAAUAUGUUACGGAGAAUACAGGAAAGUUAAUGGAAGUUGAAGGUCAAUAGAGAGGUGGCACCACCUGGUGACAAAGCCACUUGAACUUAGGACCCAGGGGGAGGUUCUCCGUCUCACUCGUGUCCUGAAAAGAACCUCAGCUCAACAGUUUGGGGAGAAAACAGAUCAAAGCACACUCUUUAAGAUGACUAGAAUUAGACGAUAUAUUUCAUCUUCUGGAAUAAUCUGCUGCCUAUUGUGUUUUCCUGGGACUCUCUGCAGAGACUGAAAGAGCACAGCUUUGCAGGCUAAGGUACCUGCCAAGAUGUUCCAGUUACAAGGCCCACAAAUGCUGCAGAUGCUAGAGAAAUCCUUGAGGAAUUUCCUCCCUGAGUCCUUAAAGGUUUAUGGGACUGUCUUUCACAUGAUCAAGGGAAACUCAUUCAACCUAAAAGCUCUGGUGGACAAGUGGCCUGAUUUUAAUACAGUGGUGGUCCGUCCUCAGGAGGAGGAGAUGAGAGAUGACUUUGAUCACUACACUAACACCUACCAAAUCUAUUCUAAGAACCCCCAAAACUGUCAAGAAUUCCUUGGCAGGUCAGAUGUCAUCAACUGGAAACAACAUUUACAGAUCCAAAGUACACAGUUCAGCCUGAAUGAAGCAAUACAAAAUCUUGCAGUUAUUAAUCGGGUCCAGGUCAAGCCAGUACAAUGCAUCCUCUAUUUGGAAUCCAAGAUGGCAAGAAGACUGCUCCCUUCCCUGCCACAGACAAACAAUUUACCUCUUAAAUAUGGAAAACUCAAAACUCUCAAUGAAGACAUGUUUAGCUUCUCAUCCCUCAGUGUAACCCAUGCUGCCCUGGUGAAUAAGUUCUGGCAUUUUGGUGGCAAUGAGAAGAGUCAGAGGUUCAUUGAACGGUGUAUCCAGAGCUUCCCCGCCUUAUGUCUGCUGGGGCCUGAUAGGAACCCUGUGUGCUGGGGUGUCAUGGACCAGACAGGAGAGAUGCGGAUGGGAGCCACCGUACCUGAGUACCGAGGCCAGGGUCUCGUGCAACAUAUCAUGUUUGCCUAUUUUCAGGCUCUGGAAAAACUUGGCUUUCCCAUAUAUUUCCAUACAGACAGAGCCAACCAUACCAUACAGAAAACCAGUAAAAAUAUGCCCUGCAUCCCCAUGCCUUGUGACUGGAACCAGUGGAAAUGUGUGCCUCUGUGAAGCAGCCGUGAACAUAAGACAGUGUUGGGUGGGCUGGUCAUAUAAUUAGAGGAACAUAAGUGUAAAAGGAAAAAAAAUGAUGACCUUCAUUAAAA